UCUAAUCUAAUUUGGUACUUUCAACUUUUGUGUGGAUAAUUUCCGCAAAGAAGGGCCGCACGGGUGUGCGAGGUCACCUCACUUCUAUAAAUGCAUCUAGGUACCACCUUCUUGUUAUUUGAUCUCACGAUAAUUGCAUUACCAUCAUGAAACCAGUGGGCACAAUUUUUUGUUUGGUGGUGAUAGUGACGGUCAGGGCGAGCCAUUUGGGUGUGGGUUUGGUAGGGCCUGGUACUCACGGCGUGGUACUUCAAGGGCCUGGUUCGAAGGCCUCUGUGCUGGGGCCUGACGGCAGCCACAUUUCGGGGUACACUGCUGGGGGCACCGUUGUGGCGCCUGCCCAUCAUGGAGGGGUUGUAGCCGCGGGUGUGGCUCCGGGGUACGUGGGAGUGGUUCCGGGAUCGGGGCAUGAAGGACAAUACAUUCCCGACUACACGGAGCAUUUGUACGAUGAUGGGUCGUAUAAAGGGGAUUUGUACGAUGAGCAUUACUGAAUGAGUGAAUAAAUAAGCAUUUACCACACAAGCCAAAUAUAUUUGUUGUUAAUGGAA